AUGUCUCUGGUGAGACCAGCACAGCUUUCAUCAACAACACCUUAUGGAAAUCAUAAACUUUAUCCUCUCAAGGGAAGCAGUGAGGAGUCUGGUUUGUCCACUCAAAUAUUUAGCACUGAUAGGAACAGUGCAGACAUGUACACUACUGAUUCUUAUUCCAGCGAGAGUUAUGAGCAGUACUUCCUCGACUCACCUUCGGAGGAACUAAUCCAACCAUCCAGUUCUGGGAAUUCUGGGAAUUCAUUUAACCCUCGCGAUGCUUCCUACCAACUUAGAGCUGGGUCUGAUUCUUCCUUAGCUGGUGAUGACCCAUACAAGACUUAUGUAUUCAAUUCUGAACCUGAUUUCCUGGAUUUCCAAAUCCCUGAUAAUGGAGAAGAAUUCAAUGAAGACCAAAUGAAGACGAAGCUUCAGGAGCUGGAGAGAGCACUGCUCGAUGACAAUGGAGAAGAUGAUGAAGAUGGAAAUAGCCAUAGCAUGGAUAUUGAAGGUGAAUGGUCUGAUCAAGUGAAGAAUCCAAUGCUCUACGACUCGCCCAAGGAGUCUACUUCUUCAGAUUCUAACCUCAGUAGCAUUGGCAAUUGUAAAGAAGUAUGUCAGCUAUCUCCUCGGACACCCAAACGUUUGCUCUUCGAAUGUGCUAAUGCAAUCUCAGAAGGAAACAUGGAGGAAGCAUCGACUAUAAUAACUGAGCUCCGGCAGAUGGUCUCUGUCCAAGGAGAUCCUUCAUCUAGAAUUGCUGCGUACAUGGUUGAAGGUCUUGCCGCUAAAAUAGCUUCCUCUGGUAAAUACCUCUACAAAGCUCUGAAAUGCAAAGAGCCACCUUCCUCUGAUAGGCUUGCUGCAAUGCAGAUACUCUUUGAGAUUUGCCCUUGUUUUAAAUUUGGGUUCAUGGCUGCAAAUGGUGCAAUGAUUGAAGCUUUCAAAGGAGAAAAGCGAGUGCACAUAGUAGACUUUGACAUUAACCAAGGAAAUCAGUACAUAACACUGAUACAAACACUUGCAAACCAAGGAGGUAAGCUGCCUUAUCUGCGGCUGACUGGUGUCGAUGAUCCUGAGUCUGUUCAACGACCAAAUGGUGGCCUAGUCAUGAUUGGGUUGAGGCUCGAGCAGCUAGCGGAAGCUCUCAAGGUCCCCUUUGAAUUCCACACAGUGGCUUCCACAACAUCACUCGUUAGUCCAUCGAUGCUCGAUUGCAGGCCUGGGGAAGCCCUAAUCGUAAAUUUUGCCUUCCAGCUUCACCACAUGCCCGAUGAAAGUGUCUCAACUGUGAAUGAGAGAGACCAGCUGCUCCGAAUGGUUAAAAGCCUCAACCCAAAGCUUGUGACUGUCGUCGAGCAAGAUGUCAACACAAACACUACCCCCUUCCUCCCAAGGUUUGUCGAAGCUUACAACUACUACUCAGCUGUUUAUGAGUCGCUUGAUGUAACUCUUCCUAGGGAAAGCCAGGAUCGGAUCAAUGUCGAGAGGCAGUGUCUGGCUAGAGACAUAGUUAAUGUAGUAGCAUGCGAGGGUAAGGAGAGGAUCGAGCGUUAUGAGGUUGCUGGGAAAUGGAGAGCAAGAAUGACGAUGGCUGGCUUCAUGCCGCGUGUAAUGGGUCCAAAUGUGGUGGACAUGAUAAGAAAGCUCAUCAAAGAGUACUGCGACAGGUACACAUUGAAAGAGGAGAUGAGCGCCCUCCAUUUUGGUUGGGAAGACAAAAGCUUGAUCUUUGCUUCAGCGUGGAGGUGA